UGAUUGCUGGAGGAAUUUCCGUGGAAUUUCAUAGGAUUUUUACAGCACUGACUCUAGAUUUACCGUGUUUUUAGAGAUUUUUUAAAUUGUGAUUAAGUAUUGUUUUUAAAAGCAUAAUGUUUCAUUAUUUCCUAUAGUUCUGCAGUUUAGAUUUUCACUCUUAUCAUGUGUGUUUCCGCUAUGAACAUGGUUGAAGUAAAAAGCAAGUUUGAUGCUGAGUUCCGGCGAUUCUCAGUAUCAAGAAAAGGAAAGUAUGAUGAGUUCCAUGAGUUGGUGGAGGAGUUGCAUCACCUGAGUGAGGUUCCUUUCUUGAUACACUACAUAGAUCCAAAAGACGGUGAUCUUUUGCCAAUCAACAAUGAUGACAACCUAGGAAUUGCAGCUCAACACGCCAUGCCUCUAUUGAGAAUCAUUAUCCAAAGAAAAGGGGAAAGUGCUGAGGAACUGAAAGGCUAUGGAACCCCAAAACCUCGCAAUUUAAUAUCAUCUAUUUUGGGUGGUACACAAGGCAAAUUCAAAACACCACUAAUGAUAUCAAAUCCUCAUGACUUUAGACAGGUGUCAGCUAUAAUUGAUGUCGAUUCGGUACCUGAAUAUUGCCGAAGAGUGAGACUCUUGAAACAUGGCUCAGAGCGUCCUCUUGGAUUUUACAUUCGUGAUGGUACAUCGGUUAAAGUCACUCAUAAUGGACUGGAAAAAGUUCCUGGGAUUUUCAUAUCAAGGUUGGUCCCUGGAGGCCUAGCGGAGUCAACCGGAUUGCUUGGUGUUAAUGAUGAAGUUCUGGAGGUCAAUGGUAUCGAAGUUAGUGGCAAAACCCUAGAUCAAGUUACUGACAUGAUGGUAGCAAACAGUUGGAAUCUCAUAAUCACUGUCAAGCCUGCCAACCAGCGAAUCACCUGUGCCUCAAUUGCCAGUAGUUCUUCCUCUAGUUAACAAGAAAUGAUGCACAGUUCUUAGAAUUCCACUCUUUCAUUUCGUCAUUUAAUUCCAACCGUCCAUUUUUUAAACAUUUUUUAAUUGUAGUUCUAAUUCAAUUGAUAUAAGCGGUGACUAUACAAUAAUAUAGGGAAAUAAUUUUGCAUAGAAUUUUCUGCUCGGAAAUGAGAUCGAAUACCACUUUACAUGGUCUGUGUAUGUGAAGUUGAUUAGAAUCUCAUUAUCUUUUACUGUUUUACCAAACCUUACUGCAUCAUGUGAUAUUUUUAGGCAUGAGUACAAUGGAAUUCAGAGCCUGCUUUUACUAAUCCUCAUUAUUUUAUAGAAAUGAGUGAUUUGUUUUUUUAAUUAAAAAAUUGACUUGAGGAAGGAGUAUUAAAACAUAUCCUAAUUUUUAUCUUUAAGCAGUAAGUUUUUAGUAAUUCUUCCCAAAUUUUAGUCAUUCGAAGUUUAUAUAAAAUGUUUUCAUUCUUCAACAGUGAUUUUUAGCUACCUUUUACUAUAAUUUUAAGUAUACAGGCCUUGAUAAGAGUCAAUUUAGUUGCUUUGAGCAAACACAACAUGCUUCUUCAAAGGCUGUUUAUACCAGCGAAAUUUCUAACCUGAUCCAUUAUGUGCAAAUAAAAGAAGAAACAAAUAAAUAAAAAUAAAAGCAGACAAAAACAAAUACUCAUAUAAUAAAACUAAUGGAAGAAAAAAACUUUUUGAUCCAGAUUGUUUGAAUUAGGAAAAGAGAUCAAAUCCUCUUCAAUUUUUUAUGCAUGUAUAAAAAUGACUGAUCCUCUGGAGUCAAGAGAAAUGAUUUUAUUCACUUAAUUUUUCAGACGUGAAUCCUUUUAAGGUAAAUCAUAUUCAACCUCUCAGAACUUUAUUUUAAGAUCUAUAACAUGACCUUAGAUGAUCAUAAUUUUGUUUCUAAUUAGGAUCAAAUUUAACACAAAAUUCCUUAGAAGUAUAGUUCGUUGUUUGAUCUUUUUAAGGAGCCUUGCUGCAUAGAUAUUAAAUUAUGAAUUUGAACUUUUAAUCAUGAGAGUUAGCAAUAAAAUCAGAGUAAAAGUAUCAAACCAUAACUUGUAAUCUCUUUAUAAUUACUUUUAAUUCUUCCUUGAAGGAAAAAAAAUGAGUAAGUAGGAUUUACUCCUUUCUGUUGAAUUUGUUUUUAUCAAUCCAUGAAAUUUAAAUACGUUUUAUGAUUGACCUUUACUGUAGGGGGGGGGGGGGGGGGGUGUGGAGAAAACCAAUGGGAAAAAAUAAAACAAAUUUUACAACCUAAGCCAUAGUAUGAAUGAAUUUUUGUAUUUGAAGUUUCAGCUAUUCUCAGUGAAGCUAGUAGUGAAUAACCACUGAUAUUACCUAUCCAUUGCCCUUUCUAUUUCAAACAGGAGAGUAAAAAAUACUGUAUCAGAGUAGUAUGAUUAUGUUUUAGGAUCAAGAUCUAAUUCUCAUGAAAUAUCAUUGUCGGUAAUAUGAUUAACUUUUCUCAUAUCUGACUUUUUUGCACUUUUUCUAAGAACCUGUUUUAAUUUUUGAUGUCAGAUAAUUUUAAUCGUUGAAUGUGUUCAUGUUCCAUUAUUUUAUUUAGUUUUAGUAAAAGCUACAAUGAUUUGAAUCAAUUGAUGUAUUGAACAAGAAGAGGCAUAUCAGAUUUGUGUGUCUUGAAUUAGAUUACUGCCUUUAUCAUUGCUUCUGCUAUACUUAAAUUGAGCCAACUAAGGACCUGAUUUCUCACUGCUUUUGAUCUUGCUGCUUCCAAUGCUUAUCAGGCCAGCAAGCUUCGCUUAUGCCAGAUUUGUAAUGUUUUUCUGUCUAAAGCAGUUGCAUUAUUAUUCAAUAAAAUUGUUCUUUUUAUAAGUUAAAAAUUCUCCUCAUGAAUAGAUCAAGCCUUGUUUACUUGAGCCGGACUGAAUUUUGACCAGUAUCUGCUUAUCUCAAACAGAUUUGUGAAAAAAUCUUUUUUGAAUGAAUGUAAUAAGGUUCAUGGAAAAUUGUCGUAAUUAAGAAAUUCAUCGAGAAUUUCCUUUUUUUCUCCUGUUCCUUUUAUUAUUUUUAAGUAUUCUCAUCCUUUACUUUUCAAAUGAAUUGAUUAUUACAGAAACCUGUCGUACAUUAGAAUGAAGAAAGGAGUAGACUUCCUAAAGACAAAAUAUAUUCUAUAAUAACGUUUCUUAUUCAGAAUCUUCAGCGUUUCGUAGUAUGUAAUUAAAAAGAGUAAAAGUGUAUGUCUGUUUUGUUGAAUGAACAGCAUUUUGCUCUCCUGCAUUUACAUUCAAAUAACGAAACAGACUUUUCAGGA